AUGAUAAAGAGGUACAUCCGGACCAAGGUUAUCACGAGCCUGAGCAAGUUCAAAUGCUACAACAUCGGGAACGAGUACACGGCCAGGAACUGGCCGAACGUCGACUGCAUCGACCAAGAAGAAGAAAACGUGGCGAAAAAAAAUGAACAGGAAAAGAGAAGGGCGAAAACUAUCCCCUACUACAAAAACUACAUGCACGAUUUUUUUGGCAGACAGCUCAUGCACAACUUGCAUCUGCAGGAAAUGAACAAAAUGAAGAAGCUGCGAAAUUUUAAAAUGCCAAAGAUCCACGCGGGGGAUUUAGUGGAGGUCAAAUACGAGUUGUCUAGGUCUCAGCAGACCUUCGCCAUUUUUCAGGGCUACUGCGUGGAGAUACGCAAGAAACGGCUGGACUCCUCCUUCAUCGUGAAGAACAUCUUUGACGGGGUCGGAGUGGAGCAACUCAUCCCGUUUUACUCCCCCAGAAUUCUUUAUGUAAAAAUUGUGAAGAGUCUCCAUAACAUGAAUGAGGAGAAGGCCAAAAAAUAUUAUCAAAUCAACAAGCCCAUUACGAGAGACUACCGGUACAUGUGGCAGUAUAACUUCCGGGGCAAGUAUGAGAGACCAAGGGGGCAGCACAAGCCCGGCAUUAGGUCCUUAGAACCCAAAAUUAGAAGACGGCUAGCUAAAUUGAAGAAAAAGUACAUGCGCAGAAGAAUCGAAAGCAAUCUCUCGUCGUACAUUUUUGGGGGAGUCUACGCACAAUACACAAGGAAAAGGACUAGACUAGUGCGUGCAGAAAUAUACAGAAGGAUGCUCAUCUAUGCUCUCGAUGAAGAAAACAGGAGGAAGCAAAAGCUAAACAAAAGACGGGAACGGGAGAAUUGGAACACUUUUAAAAUUAAUCGCAGCCGCGGGGAGAAUGCCUUCAUGGCUCUGCCGGCCACUCACCCCCUUGCGGUGAAAUGA